UCCUUCUUCACUUGGACCAGAGCAGAAUUCUGAUGGAACUGCAAAGAUGUUCGUAUCCAGAUUCCUGGAUUUUCAAAAGACAAAAUAUGCAAGGUUCAUGAAUCACAGAGUUCCGGCCAACAAAAGGUACCAGCCCACAGAAUAUGAACAUGCAGCCAACUGUGCCACACAUGCUUUCUGGAUUAUCCCCAGCAUCCUCGGCAGUUCCAACCUUUACUUCCUGUCUGAUGAUGACUGGGAAACAAUUUCUGCUUGGAUCUAUGGCUUUGGCCUGUGUGGUCUCUUUGUUGUCUCCACGAUAUUCCACAUUAUCUCCUGGAAGAAAAGACAUCUCAGGAUGGUGGAACAUUGCCUGCACAUGUUUGACAGAAUGGUGAUCUAUUUCUUUAUAGCAGCAUCGUACGCCCCCUGGCUUAAUCUCCGAGAGCUUGGUCCGUGGGCCUCCCACAUGCGCUGGAUUGUCUGGAUCAUGGCUUCUGUUGGGACCAUCUAUGUGUUCUUCUUCCAUGAACGAUACAAACUUGUGGAACUUCUCUGCUAUGUUGUGAUGGGUUUUUUCCCAGCCCUAGUCAUCCUCUCUAUGCCCAACACUGAUGGAAUCUUGGAACUCAUGACCGGAGGUGUCUUUUACUGCUUUGGGAUGGUGUUCUUCAAGAGUGACGGUCGGAUUCCCUUUGCCCAUGCCAUCUGGCAUCUGUUUGUGGCAUUUGGAGCUGGCACCCACUACUAUGCCAUCUGGAGGUACCUCUACCAGCCCAACACACUGGAAUCUAAAGUGUCCAAAUGAGACAUCAAAGAAUCUCGCGACACGCCUAGUGCCCUUGGAACAGUGCAUUAGAGAAGAUGUUACUGGGAUGAGGUCCUGCUCAGAGGUUCCAGGCCUGUCUUUUGCUUCACUACUGAUUUUUUUUUUUUGAUGGGUCCUGGGGCAUGUCUAAUGGUUGCCAGAAAUCUUUAGGGUGUCUGGUAUAGGAAAAAAAAAAAAAGGCACUAGGAGCUUUAUUGGAGGGCAAAAAAUUAACCAGAUACUUUGUUUAUGUUUUAGACAAGUGUUCCAUAACAAAAAUCAACAUUAAUGUCUUCAGAAAAGGGAACUUAUCCCUUUCUGUAAACAAAAGGGCCUGAUAGGCAAAGACUUUGUUCACAGAGUCCUGAAAACCCUUAAAGUGACCAUUAUACUCCUCUAAGGUAAAAAUCAGCCUCUGUGUGUGCCAGAUCUAUCAGAGCCCAACUUUUUUGUAACCUGGAAGCUUAAACUGCCCAACUACAGAAUCAAUUAGUGUCUAAGUAAUUUUGGGGAUGGGAAGGUGACCCUCUCUGGAAACAGGCAAUACCUAAUCUAAGACCAUCCAAGAGUGGACACUUUUUUCCUUUUAGGAAAGUGAAUACAUUCUUUUUUUGCUCCCUCCUUUACUAAAGUCCUUUUCAGACCCUUGGGUAUAUAUUGAUAUGGCUCUUCCUACCUUGACAUUUUAGUUGUAUUGAAAAGGAGCUGGAGGGAAAAUAUAUGAUAAAGCCAUGGUUGUUUUAAUCUUUAGAUUGAAUCUGCAGGUGGGUCACAUGAUUCCAGCAACAAUAAUAACAACAAAAAUCAAGACACUUUGUGCUAUUGGGAGAUGGCCUGGAGAGAAGGGUCCUAAACAUAUCCCCAGAAACAUAGAAUUAGAAGGGCAAUUUGGGACAAGGGAAUAGCUUUGUUUAAAACUAUUUGCCAUUUCUGAACCCCAAAUGACCCAAGAGCAAGUAGUGAGUGAUGCUCUUAAGGAAUGGAGCAGGAGACAGAUACUGGAAGGAAUUUAUAAUAUUCAGAUUUUUAAUUUUUUUUCUUGUUCCCAAGUGGCAAAAUCUGAUAUUAUCUAAAACCAUUUCUUUUAAGAAAUUGGGAUUCUUCCUUCUUCUCUUUUCCAUCCCCAAGAUGGCCUCAGAGGAAAACCCCAUCAGUGAAUGUAAACAUGAAUUCUGACAGAACUUCUAGGCCAAAAUCUCUGAAAUCCAAAGACCAUCCAGACUGAAAAAGCUUCCAGACACCAACUGGUAUUGUCUCAUUCGAUGGGCUGGGGGUUCUGUAUGGAUGUAAUACCUCUCUUGACCAUUAGACAGAGGCAUGCUGGCAUAGAUAGGGUGCUGGACUUGACGCCAGGAAGACUGAGAUUUAAAACCAGUCUCUGAUAAUUAACUGGCUGUGUCACCCUAGGCAGGUCAUUUAACCUUCAUGUGCCUAAAGCAACUCUAUAGGGCUACUCUCCCAAGUAACUGAUAGGUUGUGAUGUCUGUUGGUGGAGGUCCCACACUGACCAUCACAGCCUCUCCUGCUUACUUCAAGGCUUCUAGUAGAAAAAGGAAGUAGCAGGAAGUGUGGAACCAAUCAUUGGAAGACCUGAUUCUAAAACACCUUAUUCCCUACAGAAUCACAAUCAACAUAGCCUUAUACAGUACUUAAUUAAACUUGAAUACAUUCCAGGACUUUCUGAGGGCUUCAGGCUUUGGAAUCCCUUUUGUCUAAGUCAGUAUUAAAUACCUUUGACACAUUCCAUAGAAAUGUGAUCCUAGAACCAAGAUGAUGCACUUUGUUCAGGAAUUUGGGGACUUUUGGAAGUCUAUUCAAUUGAGUAUUAAAAUGGCAGACUUUAGCAUAGUUAUUUCUUCAGGUUGGAUUAGAAUGUUGGAGUAGAUAGCUCAAUUUAGAGGUGGUAAAAGUACCCACUGAGCAGAUUCUAGGCUGGGAUGAGAGGUGGGGGAGACUUCAUUUGUCCUGGGAGGAUUUGUACUUUGCUAAAGAUAACUCCAUGUUGUAAAUAUGGGCCUGAUAUCCAUUCUAGUAAGAUUCUAUUUUACUUUAGGACAUGCCCUAAGUUUCCUCAUUUGUAAAAAACAAAAAAACAAAAAACAAGAGCAUUGGACUAAAUGAUCUCCAAGUUUCCUUCUAUCUCUAAAUCAUGGACUCAAAAGUUCUACGUGGACAUAAUACCUCAUUUGGCCACCAGGACAGAGGCAUCCUGGUAUAAAUAGAGUGUUGGACUUGGUGCCAGGAAGAUUGAGAUUUGAAACCAGCUUAAACCAUAUGAGUAUGAUUAUUCUAUAUGAGGGAAUUUCAUCUGUACUCAGACCAGGACAAUCCUGUUGUAUCUUCUAAAAUACAGUAAUGGAGCUAGCUUAGCAUAAGUGUGGAAAAGGAAGAAAUAAGGAAACCCAAAGAGUUCAAGGAAUGGGCAGGAAUCAGGCAAUGCAAUGGUUGUUAGAGACAGUAUUUGCCAGGGUACCUUGGAGAAGCCAGAAUUCAGCUUGGGCAAAGAUGUUCUGUGGCAACCCUACAAUGUUGGCAAGGUUUGCUUUUGUGCCUUCCCCUGUCUCCUUGUAUUGCCUAUAACCCCAGGCUCAUUGGACCAGAAAUCAUGAAACUCAAUAUGUAAUUCUGGCUGUGAUAGUUACUUAUACUAAGAGGCUUGGACAAGUUGCCUGAACUCUCCUGCAUUUAGUUUUCUCAUCUAUAAGAAGAGGAAGUUAGACUAGAUGGUCCCUCAUUCUGGUCUUCUCUGUGCUGCAAUGAUUGUGGUAUGGAUGAAGUAAGCUCUGAAGGACUCAAAUUCCAGCUCUGCUCUGUGGGUGAUGUCACUUAAUCAUUAUGGGCUUCAAGUUUCUUUGCCUGUAAAAUGAGAAACUGGACUCAAGGCCCCUUUAUCUCUAAAUCUGGAAAUCUGUGAUCUCUAAAUCUUUCAUUUCCAAGAUUAGUUUCUACUCUUGAUUUGAGUUCCUGGCUUCUAAAGAGUUUCAAAAUUCUCCUUUCCUUCUACCAGACUGUCUGUCUCGAGAGCCAGAACCCAGCUCUUUUUCCUAGCUAGCAAGCUAAAAAGCAACUGCCAAUAUCAAAGGAGGUAAUAUUUGUAAAGCAUUUUGCAAACCUUAAAGGGCUAUUUAAACGUUGGCUAUUAUUAUUAAUAAUAAUAUCAGUUUAAGGCAGUACUUCUCCUUAGCAUAUUUAUAUUUUUAAUAUGAGACACUGAAAAAUGAAAUGUCUUUUAGAACCAAAAGAAUGAAUCUCUAGUGAUGAGAAUUAAGACAAACAUUUGAUUGAUCCAAAAGGGGAGUUAUUUCUCCUUGGGGAUGCUUCUCAGUUUUUCAUCUACCAGUUAGUCAGUCAACAAACAUUUAUUAAGCACUUAAUAUAUUCCAAGAACUGUGCUAGGUACUGAGGUUACAAAGGCUAAAAAUGAAAUAGUCCCUGCACUCAAGAUUCUAUAAGAAUGUCAAUUCAAUUUAAAGAAACUUCUAAUCAAACAUAUGACUCCAAUAGGCAGAUCAUUUACCAACAAGCCUAGGUCCUUAAAGUAGGACCCAUAAUUGGACAUAAGCAAGUUCUCUGCUAAAAACCCAAUUUAAACUCUCAUUAACCUUUGUCUGUUUAUCAUUGUCCUUAAAUAAGGCUAAUUUAUUAUUAUCAAAUGAGUUAAUACACAUAAAGUGCUUUAAAAACCUUUAAGUGAUGUAUUAAUGCUAGUUAUUAUUAUUAAUAUUAUCAUUCUAUUUCAUCUCCACAAGGCACUGAACAUUCCCUACGGCAGUCAUGUUAAGCUUAAAUAGAAAUGGGGGCACUAAAUUGUAAUUAAGGAUGCCAGUGGAUGCACAUUGGCUUAGAAAACCACUCAUUUUAAUAUAUUUUUUCUUUAUUAUUGCACCAACAUAUUGAAAUCAGAUAAGACAUAUGCAGUCAACAGUGUUGAAGGGAGGGGAGUCCAGGUAUUUGCUACCUCUGCCUACAGAACCAGCCAUGGGAGCCACCUGGUGAAUCUGAUGCAAAUUCUGAGUGGGGGGAUUGCUUGCAGACUUCUGCAUUUAAAAUCCCCGAUGUCCUCUUCCUCCUAGUUGCCUGUGAAUACUAAAUCAGGCGCCCCAUGGAUCCCGCCCCAGGGCAAAGGAGUCUGCCCACAUUCUUGUCUGACAGAGGCUUCUAGAGCUGCUGAUUGCUCAGGCGAGCCAAGCCUCCAUCAGCAGCAGAGUCGCAUCUUUGACAUUCUAGGCAUGUCAGCUGUGGCUCCCAAGCUGUCGAUCCAGUGUCAGGUGGAUGCUACUGGGACUGGGUGACGUCAGCUUAGUGGGAUGAGUAGCAGAACAACAACAGCAAGGAAUAGAAACACUCGGCCUCCAUAGCAACAAAGAGACGUGGGAGAGAAAAGGGAGAAAGAAGGGAGAGGGAGAAAGCAGCAGUCUUAUAGAAUCCUGGAAUUUUAGAAUGGAGAAGCAACCUGAAAGAUUCUGGGGCAUUGUGGUACAGCAGAAAGGAUGCUAGACUUGGAAACAAAGUGAGCUGGCUUCAGAACCACCUCAGACAUUGCUUUGAGAUUCUUGGGUUGAGAGAAUUGAACUUGAUUUUGAAGUAUUUUUCGUUCUCCAGUUCUGAUCCUCAGUUUCUAGCCCAACCCACUUUUUUGUGAACUUUUAUUUUUAUUUUAUUUCAAUCAACAAACAUUUAUUUUCUUCCUCCUUCCCCCCUAAAAAAAAAAAAUCAAAACUGUUGUAACAAGUAGGUCUAAACUGAGGCUUAGGGAAAUAAAAAGACAAGCUUUUGAUCCCCCUUGGCAAAUUAGUGCCUGAAGCAGUUCUAGAACCCAGACCUCCUGAGUGGAGUGUUAAUUUUACCAAACCACCUGCUAAGGAGUCAGGAAGCUAAGAAAGAUGGACAGAGCUUGCUUCUGUGGUUUGUGUGUAGCAAUUCAUCCUUUCUGGAUGUCCCAUAACUAAAGUGUGACCUAAUUGGCACUUGUUCCCCUAGGAGAGCAGAAUGUGGCUAGUGACUUGCAAGCAUGUUUGCCAGGGGCUUAUUUAAAUCAAUAGCUCUGAGGUUUUAUUCAGUUCCAGAUCUGUCCCUUGUUUUGUUCAUUUGAUUAAAAACCACAGUUGACACCUAGAUAUGUAGAGAAUUGAACACUGUUUCCUCUCUAUUAAUUCCAGCUACCGUAGCUCAGAAGACUAAAAAGUAACCAAUAGAGAAGGUUAACUAACAUUAGGCCUGAAUUGUGAAGCAUCCAAAAAUGUUAAUAAAAGUCAGCUCCUUCAAAUUAGUCACCCAUGGGGUGUCAAUAGGGAGAUGUGGAUUGAAAGCAGGUAAACAAUCAUUUGUUAAAACCUUUCCAAUGGAUUUUUAAGCCUAAAAAUAUCCCUUUUCUUAGGUUCCUUUUCCCCAAAAUUGAAAUAUGGUAAUUAUUUUUCUAUAUAUAGAUCCUAAAAACCCUUGAGCAUAUUUUGAGGAACAUCUGACAAAAAAAAAAAAAAAAAAAGGGAGGAGGGAGGGAAAGGAACAUUUCUCAGGGCUAAUACUUCCACCUGGGGAGAGCCUUGUUAAUGCAAAGGGCACCAUACCUUGCUAAAAAUAGUGUUGUACUUUAUGAACUAUCAUGGAAAAUUAGAUGUGAUUAGAAGAAGGGCUGGGGGCGGUGAGUAGCAAGGGGAAGGGAUGUUAUCUGGCUUACAGAACCCAGGCAAAAAUCUAUCCUGCCAAAUAUUCUGACCACAUGGGCCACAAGGCUUGAGCACUGUUGGAUUGCAGAAGUAGAGGAAGGAUGUCAUGAUUCUCAAAACUAGGCAGAAGAGGCAAACCAUAAAUAGUGUGAUUUGAGGGGCAAGAAAUUUCUGUUCCUGAAUGGCUUCCUCAAUGAGAUCUGAAAUUCUUUCAUUAUUAAUACAUAUAUACCGUGUGUUGGGCCCCAUGCUGAGGUUUUGGAUAAAAUCCUGCUUUCUAAACUCAGUACAAGUGCCACUUCCUGAUCCCCUUUCCUUAUUUCAUCCUCCGCCCCCUAAAAUGUCUCCUUUCUUGAAUUUUUCAACUUUCUACUUUGCCCUAUUUGUACACUACCUUAUAAGUAUAUUUAUUUAGGUAGUGUAGGGUAUUUUUUGCAUGACCCAGGAUACAUAAGUAUAGAAAAUAGAUAUACAAAUUAAACAUUUGGUGAUAAUAAAAUCAUAAUUUUAUGACCCCACAUUUAGUUAUGAGGUCCCACAUAAGAUCACAAACCACAGUUUAAUAGGCUGGGCUCUAGAGGAUAGAAGGUAGGCCCUAUUUUCAAGAAGAACCUGAGUCAGAAUUCUGUUUUAGGUACUUGCUAGUUCUGUGAUCCUAGAUAAGUUAUUCAAGUUCUCUCAGUCUCAGUUUCCUCAUCUGUAAAAUGGAAUAAAAAUAGCAAAUACCUCACAAAGUUGUGAGGAGCAAAUAAGUUGAUAUAUAUAUGUAAAGUUCUUCACAAACCUUAAAGCACUAUGUGAUAGUAUUAUUUUUAUUGCUGUUACUCCCUGUCACAUUCUCUCAAGGGAUGCUAAGUCAUCUUCUUGAGGAUGGAGGAAAUUGCUUCUCUGUCUCUCAGUGUCUCUCUCUUUUUCUCUCUUCAGAAUAUAGAAAGGUAAGAAAAUUUGGAAUGGAAAUAGGGUGUGAUCUGGGUACUUCCAGGAGACAACAUUUGGCAAAACUUCCUCUGAAAGUAAGGAUUCCUAACUUUGUUAAACUCUUGUAUAUAUAGAUGUAUAGGAGUAGGUUAUAUUGCAUUUCGAUAUACUUGAUUGCUUUUGUAAUUCUUGAUAUUCUAUUUUUAUGCUUUUAAAAGCAUUAUUCUGAAAAGUGUCAGAUUGCCAAAAGGGUCUAAAAAUAGUUAAGAAUUCUUUCUUAAAGCCUUGGUAGGGUAGAAUGAGAAAAAGACUGAAAGUGGGAGUUUGGGGAAGCAAGUCUUCACUAUGUUGGACAUGACUGCUAUAGAGUUCUCUCAUCUUUUACAUCUUGGAGUGACUAAUAUAGUCACUCCAAAUAUUGCCAGAUUUGAAGCCAACGUAGGUUCUCAUGGACUUUAUUGUCACUGGUUAGAAGUGGGACCUCAAAGGUCAGCUUUUCUUGUGUCAUUUCUUUACUAAGCAAGAGAAAUAAAGACUGUAGGAACAAGAAAUUUAAGCCGCUUUUCUUCUUUCACAGCCCAUAAAAACUUGAGAUUUAGGAAAUGUCUCCAUUAAAUAGGCACUUUUAGAUCUUAUUUCUGUCUGGGCCUAUUUUAACUGAUUCCAAACUUAAAAUUGGACAUGAGAUUAGGGAAUUAGAACUUCUAAAUCAUAUUAUUGACUGGGCCAAUGCUGGGAGGGUUAGGAAUCCCCUAACAGAACUUUUGAUUUAAGAUGAUCAGAGCAUAAAUACUCAUUAGGGGAAACUCUGCUAGAGGUGAUAGUCUCCCCUCUAAAUUUUUAAAUAUUAUAGAACAUUACAUAAUUUUAACCCCUGCCACAGGCUUUUAGAAAACUUAAAUUCUCUGCUACACCCACAUUUUAUCUUGUUCCUUUUAGGGAAUCCUUAGCUAUGACAGAAGGUUAAUGUGGGCAGUAUUUGUCAGUAUGCUGUUAUUAUUGCUUAGAGUGAUAAAACUUAUGUUUCAGAAUUCCCAGUGCUAAAAUGAGCAAAAAAGAUGAGGAUUCUAUGCUAUUGCUUCACUGCUCUUCAAAGCAGCUCUUAAUUUAAAAAAAAAUAAGAUUUAUCCCUAAAUCUUUUCUCCUUAACUUUGCAUGGUAAUGAAACAGGACCCUGAUUCCUAAUCUAUACAAUUCAUUGAAGAGAGGGCCAUCAUUCAAAAUAGUAGUUAAUUGCCAGAGCAACAUGGUUGGAUGUAUAGAAAGGGCCCCAGAAGCUCCUUCAGUUUUGGACAUGUUUAUUCAGACUACAUUCUAGGUAUCUUUCCAGAAGGGAGAGAAAGGUUCUUUUUGAAGAGAACCAAAUCACAGAAAUUAUAACUGUUCUCUGAUAAAAUUCCCUAGCUCUUCUAGGAAAGAGCUAGGCUCUAAGAACCUCUCUCAUAUUGGUUCAUUUUGCAUCAAAGAAAUUGGACUUCCACCCACCAGCCAAUAAAGUUUAGGAAAGCUUGGAUUUUAACUUAUCUUAUUGUAAGACACUGUCACCUCUCUCAUAGAAUUUUGGAGAUAAAAGAAAUCUUACAAAUAUCUAAUUGGGGGGUGGGGAGACACUUAGAGACCUCUAAGGGUUCUAUAAAUAUGAAUAAGAGAGAAAAAUGACAUCUUUAUUUUCACUAACUUUUAACUAAAAUUUAGCAUUUCUUUCCAUUUUAAAAAAAUAAAUAUUAUUCUGAGAGGAAAUAAUAAGAUUUCUCCAGAUUACCAAAGGAGUCCACAAAACAAAUAAACAAAAAGAUUAAAAACUUCUUAACUUAUUUUAAGGAAGGAGGAAGAGAAGGCUAAUAAGGCAUUUAUUAAGCAUGAGCUACUUUACAAAUAUUCUUAUUUGAUCCUCACAAUAAAUAGAAACAGGUGCUUCUAUAAUCAAAUUUCUACUCUGCUAUUUACUACUUAUUUUUUCCCUGAGGUAAUUGGGGUUAAGUCACAUAGCUAGGCAGUAUUCCAUGGCUGAGGUCUGAUAUGAACACAGGUCCUCCUGACUUCAGGGCUGAUGCUCUAUCCACUGCACCAUCUAGCAGCCCCUGUUAUUUAUUACUUAUGUGACUGACUUCACUUUUCUUCUCUACAGAAUGAGGGAAUUGUGUAGACUAGAUGAUCUCCAAGUUCCCUUAAAACAGUGGUAUAUAGUUAUGCUUUUUAAAAGCAAAGUUUAACAACCAGAUCUGGGGGGGGGGGUAGGGAGGAAGGAAGGGGAAAGGGAAGGGGAAAACUUAUGUUUGACACACUUUGACAUUUAAGCUUAUCAGCAUUUCUAUAUUAUUUUCUUAAGUCUAGACAAUUAACAAAAUAUUAAAUCAGGCUCUGAUAUGUAGUGUUUACUGAUUUCUGAGGUGUAAAUGCUCAUCUCUACUUAUCUAUCACAUAAAAUACUCAUCUAUCAUAUAGUAUUGGAGUUAAACUAAACUUUAUGUCAACUUGAUGCCUUUUUAAAACUUUUUCCACUAAAAUCCAUAUAGUUUUUUCUUCAUCAGAAUUUUAGUAGACCAAAACAUAUUUCUGGUCUUUCCCUACUUUUUUCAAAGGACCAAAGAAAACAUAAGUAUCUAAUUCCACAUUUUUUUAAAAAAGCAAAACAAACAAAGAAACCAAAAAAAAAAAAAAAAACUUUAUCCACUCCUUUGUUUUUUGCCUUCAUUUACUGGCAUUAGUUGGUACGAGCAUGAACAGUGUUGAGUGUGGAAAAGACUGGGAGUGAGAAGAUCCAACCACUAAGUAACUGUGUGACACUGGGCAAGAUAUUUGACUUCUCUGGGGCCUGCUUUCCUCAUCUGUAAAAUGAAGGAAUUGAUCUACAACAGGUUUUCCCCCACCAGUGGAUUACUAGUUACUGAAGCAGAGUGCUCAAUUUUGUGUAAAUGAUUUAGAUUUGGAGUAGAUUGCAUUACUUUUGAAGUCCCUUCCAAUUGAAAUUCUUUGUGAUUCCAUGUAGUUGAAUGACCUUUUAUUUUUGCAUACUCAGUACCUAGCAUAAGGGCCUGUCACAUAGGAGGAGCUUAGUAAAUGCUUGUUGAAUAAAUGAAUGAAUGAAUGAAUUGAGCCUAUCAUUAACUUUCUCUUUUUAAUGCACAUUCUCUUCCAUUGGAUUAUAUAAAGAAAUCAAAAGUAGUCUUUCUUCUAGGUUGGGGAGACCUUUCUCUAAGGGUCUUCUUAGCUUUGAAUCUUUAAUAACUACUGAGAAUGACCAGUCCAGCUUCACUUAAUAGGUUGAUCCUGACUUGACAGGGGUCAGUAUUAUCAUUUUAGUUGCAACUUGGAAUUGUGUCUCAAUAGGAGAUGGGAAGUCAAGUCUUCUACAACCUGAGAAAUAGGUCAGAUCAGCUUCUUAGCACCUGAUGUUUGACCUGAAAGAGUUAAUGAGACUGUUCUAUACGUUAAGAGUUUUGAUAAGUAUUCAUUUCUUUAAAAUUGAGCCAUUUUAACACAACAGGGAUUAAGAAACCAAGCUUCUGGUGUGGGUCCUAUAAAAUCAGCAUAGGCUACUCUUAACUUAGAAAAAAAAGAAAUAUAAUGAAGUGCUAGAGGGAGAUGGAGGAUAGUUGGCAGGUUUGUGCCAAUUAAUUGCAUAAAUUUGAAUGUUUGCUGUGUUCUGCUUCUUGCUUGGCCUAAAUCUAGGAAACUUGGAAGCAACUUUGCAGUGUGGUGUAGUGAGCAACAGGAGUGCUAAACUUGAAAUAAGGAAGACCUGGAAUCACAUUCUGCCUUUGGCACUUACUAUUUGUGUGAUCCUGGGCAAGUGCCUCAGUUUUCUCAACUGAAAAAAAGCAAAGAUUGGAUAGAUGACUCAUCAGAUCCCAUCUAGCUCUUCGUUCUAUUAACCCAGCAAUUUUCAGAGGGAGGGAGGAGAUGUUUAGAUUGCAUCCCAACUAAGUACAUUGUUUCGGUUGGUGAGUUGUCCUAAGGCAGACUGCCAGAGUCAAUUCUAGCCAUCUGUCUCCUCCUUCUAGUCAUAUGAUUCACUUCCUGGACUACUUUGGACUCCUAAUCCAGGAGGGAAGUUGCAAUAUAUCCUUAGACCAUCCUGGUGAUUUGCAUAGGUUGGAGCUGAAUUUGCUAAUUUGUCAGAACAAGAAGUGCUUCUUAGUGAUGGAGAUGAUUACUUCUAGGAUUAAAUAACAGCUCCUUUAUCUGGUAUUCAAAGUUCUUCACGUCUUUUUUCCUUCCCAUUUUUCCAGUUUUAUACCUUACUCUCACCAUGAAAAGUCUAUGGUACUGACCUACUUUCAGUUUUCCACAUCCCACCAUCUAUUUCCCAUCUCCGUGCCUUUGUACUUGCUGUUACCCUAUGUUUGGAAUGCCCUCCAUAUUUCCACCUAAGAAUUUCUAGCUUUUUCCCCAAAAAAUUGACUCAAGUGCUACUAUCUGCUAGAGAUCCUUCUAAAUUAAACAAGCUAUUGCUGCUUUCUCCACUGAGGUAAUCUAUUUUAUUCAUAUCUUGAGAGGCUUUGCAGCAUAACGAACAAAGUUGUUUUAUUGUAGUUUGUCGCUGUUAUUGUUCCAGUCCUCUCUGUGGCCCCAUUUGGGAUUUUCUUGGCAAACAUACUAUAGUAGUUUGCCACUAUCUUUUCCAAAUCAUUUUACAGAUAAGGAAACUAAGGCAAAUAAAGUUAGGUGACUUGCCCAUAUUAAGUGUUUGAGGAAGGAUUUAAACUCACGAUUUCAAGUCCAAUGCUUUAUCCAUUGUUUUACCUAACUGCCCUUAAAGAAUAGAGAACUGGCUUCAGAGCCAGGGUGACCUGUGUUCAAAUCCCAAUUCUGACACAUACUGGCUAUGUGACCCUGGGAAAGACACAUAAUCUCUCAAUGAUCUUCUGGCUAACUCUCUAAGGUUGUAAGUCACAGAGGAAGGUGCAGACCUGUCAUGAGUAUGUUAUACCAAUGAAAUCAUAGCCUCUAUUCCUAUAUCUCUUGUAUAUUCCCAUAUGUGCUCAUAUUAUCUCCUCCAUUAGAAUGUAAGCUCCAGGACAAAGGACUGCUUUACUUUUUCUUUGUAUCCCCAGUGCUCAGCAUAGUGCCUAGUACACAGUGCUUAAUGAAUGUUUCUAAAUUCAUAUUGUACUUCCCAAAGAGAGACUUCAAAGUUAAAAGAAAAACAAGAAGAGCAUCUUUCAAAAAACAAAAACAAAAAAAGAUAUCCUCCAGUGGUCUUUAUACUUCAAAACCAUCAAGUCUAUUUGAAGCUAAUUGGGGACUGAGAGAUGGGAUUGAAGAAAAUUUCCAGCAAUAGUUCCAGCUGUCUCUUUGAGUGCCUAGUAUUGAGGCAGAAGAAGACUGAAAUUCAGUAAUAAUAGUAUCUCACAUUUAUAUAGAACUCUAAGGCUUAAAAGUACUUUUAACAUGUAUUUAAAGAGCUUUACAAAUACUAAAGUGAUCUAUAAAUAUCAGUUGAAAUUUUUACUAUUAUUAUUAUAUACAUUCUCUCAUUUUAUCCUCACAGCUGUCUAAAUGGGAAGCCACACAAGGAAGGAAGGCCUCUGUGAGCCUUAACUUUGUUUUGAGAUGCUCUUCCAAGAUUUAGUUUCUUAUCAUGUUGGAGUCAUUGGUUCUAUACACUAGGUUUUAGUAUUUCCUUAGCUCAUUCAGCCAGGGGCUAUCAUUAAUUCAAUUGCAUUGUCAUUUUUAGGUCAUGUGGACCCAUUAUUUAUGUAUAUUAAUUUCAUUAUUAAUAUAGAUCAUUGACCUUGAGAAAGCAGGAAAGUUAGUCAUAGAACAGACAUUCAAAACACAUUUGUGUGAUUCAUAGUGUUUAGCACAGUGCUAUGUUAUGCAUACCUGAGUAUUCAGAUAAAUUCAUUUGCUCAUUCAUUCACCUAAAAAACACUUAUUAAGUGCCUAUUUUAUGUAGAAUGCUAUGAUAAAGGCCCAAAGGGAGUCUAAAUUUAGUCAAGAUACUCAUAGUCAUUGCCUUCAUGGAGGCUACAGUCUAACAGAAUGAGGCAAACUCAGAAACUAUAAUUACCUUAUAAUUGCAUUAGAGAACUGAAAAAAAUAUGCUAUGUGAAGUCUUUGGGAGAAAGUUAUUACCAAGGAGCGAGAAAGCUUACUGAAUAGAAUAACAUUUGAGUGGGCUUUAAAGAUGGAUAGGAAAUUCAGUAAGUGAAGAAAGGGCCAACUAUUGAAUGAGAAAUUAUAAAAAGGUUUCACUGAACUGAAAUAAGGUCAAGAUUCCAUUGUUCCCCAGAUCCCUAUACUGUUAUUUUUAGUGGUCUAUGCUGUUGGCCUUGGGAUCAGAUCUUCAUAGAAAUGUCAGCCUGCUCCCUUAGUUUUAUACUUGGGAUUCUCAGAUAGACUAUGGGUUUUAGAUGAUUGGUUCCAAUAUUAGGAAAUGACUCCCAAAUUUUGACUGAUUAUGUCUCCACCCUUAAAUGAAUUGGCCAACUUGAGCAGGCACACAUUUUCUUUUUAGGCAAAGAUCGAAAUUAAAUUAUAUUAAAGAAAGAUAACGCUGGUUUUGGAAAGGCUACUCUACCCACUCUAUCAAUAAAAGAUAUUAAGUUCACAGUGUUUGCUUUAAACUGAAUGACCUUUCAAACUCAUUUACACCACCCCAGGGUUUGCCAAGCUAGUUGGUUUACCUCCCUUCAGUGUUAGAUCCCACUGUGCUUUAUGAAGCUUUAUUGUGAAACAGGAGUGAACUGUCUUUGAUACUAACUUUUAUUGACUUGUUAAUGUCUAUAAUGUUUGUCAAUGGGAUUUGCAGCUGUGACUUUUUUUAAUGUCUUGUAUUGGACCACAUCUAGAUUGGUGAAAUCAGUAUUUUGUAUUUAACACAGUAUUUAAUAAAGGUUUGUAAUAAGAAUAACCAGGGCCAAGAAUAUUCUUAUUUCCUGUGGAGUAGGAAUUAAAUAAAACCCGAUACCUCACUCUUACAAA